AUGUGCCGUCUACGCCUCCUACCUAUCCUAAACCUCGCCAUAUCCACGCUCCUCGCCCAGCACGCCGUCACCGAAAAGACCCGCACCUGCUACUUUCCCGACCACAGCAUCUCCAACGACGUGCCCUGCACCUCGGACACGUAUACGCACUGCUGCACGGCCGGCGAUAUCUGCCUGGACAACGGAUACUGCUAUAGCGUGUCGCAUCAGCCAUAUGUGCUGUCCAGGGGGAGCUGUACGGAUCAGAAUUGGGGUGCGGAUUGUCCGCAGUUAUGUUCGGGGUCCCAAAAUAACAUUGGCGGCGGCUGUUCCAUCAUCAGCCUCCUCUUCCUCGACGGCACAUCAACCUACUGCUGCGGUAACCCGAUCUACGACUCAGAAACCGGCAACGUGACAUGCGCGAACGGUGAAAUGCCAUUCGAGAUGCCAUCCGCAAAAGUCCUGCUUGGUCGCGCGGCCCUGGAGAACGUCACCACCGUGGGGGAUAACAACGAGACUAAUACGAAUGUCACAGGGAUGGCGGAGGAUUCGGGUCCCUGUGAAUCGACGGGCGGGAUUGGGUCCGUGAGAACGGCGAUUGGGGCCGGGGUGGGUGUGCCGUUGGGGGUGUUGGCGAUGUCGGCGCUCGGGUGGGCGUUUUUGGAGAGGAGGAAGAGGAGGAAGGUUGAGGCUGCUGUGUUGGGGGCACACGGGAGAGGGGUUUAUUUGGGGAAGGGGCAGCAGAAACAGCAGCAGCAGCAACAGAUUGGGGGAAUAGGGAUGGGGAUAGGGAUGUCUGGGCUGACGGUGACGAGUGCACCUCCAGAGCAGGGAGGAUAUUCGGCUGAAUUGAACGAGCCACCGGCGGAGUUGAUGGGGACACCGAAGAGGAGUCGGUCGGGAUGA